GCCUUAUCUGCCGGUCUGUGCCCCUUCUUCAGUUAAGCGCCCAAUUGAUCGUUUUGUUGCGACAAGAAAAUAACGACCUCACUCUUGGCGCACUUUUAUUCCACCCGCAACCCAAGACAAAACGCAAACGUCUCUUGUCUGGCAGCGCUCCUACAUAUCGGGUCGAACUAGCCAACACGACUUUUUAACCACCUUUAUGGAGAUGGCGACCCACGCGCCAAGUUCUCCUCGACUUCCGAGUCCUCCUCCGCCCGCAGAGAUCCAGAUCGGGCCUGUGCCACAGUCGCCUGGAAGCUCCCCAAAUCAUCAAGUGCCGCAGAUGGAGCAGACGGCAAUUGAUGCGAACGCAAAGCGGCGCAUUCAUCCCGGCACCAGGGCCUCUGAGAUGGCUGCUGGGCCGCCUCUAAUUCCGCUGAAUGAGCUCGACUCGGCCUUUCAGCUUCAAGAACACCUUGCCGCCCUGCACUACCACCACACAGCCACCAACACGAACCCCGUCAGCAGGGAGACGGCCAAAAUCUUGGGAACACCUCCUCCAGGCAUAGACCGGACCCUUUGGCUCUACGAGCUCUGUCGCUUCCUGAUAGAGCAGUGCAAUGCCCUGAUAGUCGGCUUUCUGUUCGACACCCCGCCGUGCAGCGCCGUGACCUGCCCCGAAAUGCGCGCGUCGGAGUGGCAGUUUCUCUGUGCCGUCCACGAUCAGCCCAAAUCGUGCUGCGCCAUCGACUACUGCUGCCACACCCUCGACUGGGCCGCCAACGUCGUGACCAACCCGCAGAUAUUUCCCUCGCGCUUCGUUGCCCUCUCAGACGCCCACGACAAGGGUGCCGCCAUCAAGAACCUGAUCAACGUGUUCCGCCGUCUGCACCGCAUCUUUGCGCAUGCCUGGUUCCAGCACCGCGGCGUCUUCUGGACGGUAGAGGGUCAGACUGGCCUGUACGUCUUCUUCAAGACGGUAUGUGACAUGCAUGACCUGUUGCCUGGCGAAAACUACAAGCUUCCGCCCGAGGCCGAGGGCCUGGAAGCCCCUCGCAGCAAUCUUAACGUGGCCGGAGACGGUCCCAAGAUACUUCAGAAUUCCGGGGAUGCCGCGACCCAGGGCGCAGGAGCUACCCGCCCCGGGCCAGGCGUAACCGGUGAGGGGGAGGACGAUCAUCACAGCGCGGUCAACAGCAGGACAAGCACUAGGAGGCACAUCCGCAGUAGUCCAUCCACUGGCAGUGCAGUUACCACCGUCAUGGAGGCUGAUGAGGAUGACGGCAGUGCUGGAGACGUGGCAAAGCGCUUCAGAAAGAUGCGCAUCAUCGACCCGCCGCUGGCAGAGGACGAUAUGGAGACGACCGAAGUGCCCGUGGUUGUAGAACAAGAUUCUCCCGUGCACAGCACACCGAUGGGCAACGGCGACGCCGCAGCCAAGUCAGACGAGGAAGAGCCGCAAAGCUUACCAGCAGACGAGACAGGAUGCGCCAAAAGCGCUCGUGGCCAAGCAGCUACGUCUGAAGAAGUCGAAUCGGUGAGCCACGACAUUCCUAGGACCGUCGAGAGCUUCCUCGAGAGUCCCGACUCGGAAAUGCCAUCGCAGCCGCUCGCUGCAGAGUCGGGGCCCAAAGACGUGGCCGAGACUGGUGACGACGGAAAGACUUCUACGACAGCAGCAGCAACACCCUCCGAGCACGGAAGCUCUGAUGACGCAGACGCCGUCGCCAUGCUGGAGGCCACGAGCGUUGCCGAUUUCGCGGGUGAUGCAGGCGAAGCCGAACCCUCUGCACCGGCCGCAGACGACGGACCUAUUGACGAGGCUGUCCCAUCAUCGGCUUCGGACGACACGAAAGCGGAGGCGCCUCAAGAACCAACCAAAGAAAAACCAGCCAAGGCUGAUGAAGAAGCGAAAGACACAUCUGAACCUCAACAGCCUGAUGCGAGUAAAGCUAAUUCCGAUUGAAAAUACGGUUUUCUAGAGCUCUGGGCCAGACAUGCAAGUUCUUGUUCAGCUUUCCGAGACCUCAUAGCUUUAAUAGUCCAUCUUGUAAUAGCAGACCGCUGGGGCGGUCUUUUGUAAUGAUACCUACCAACCAAGCAACAAUUUGUUGAAAAUGCCCAACGGCAGCUAUGUCAACUGUCUAAUACGGUUUAAAGCUUUUUCCAACACAUACUUAUUUUGAGACGGGGUUACUACUACUACUUUUUUAUCUUGGUUGAAAUUCAGUUGACAACGUCUAGAAUAAUAGUUUUGACGCGACUGAACUGCCAAUGCUGACGCCAAGUUGAGUAUCUUGUGGAGAGGUGCAGGGUGGGUGGAUACACAGACUCCCUUGUACAAUGUACUUAGGUGCCCACUAGCAAUUAAUAUUGUUGGUUGGUGUGGUGUGUAACACUGACCAUAGUAUAUAUUCGUCUGAUGUCUCAAAAGCAGAUCGAGCUCAUGCAGACAAGAUUGAGAUCUUACCCCUGAAAUAAGGGAGGAAUAUCAUCUGAUGUGUUCUUUAUUCAUUUCCCUCCCUUUCCUUCCCCUUGGAAGCUGCAACAAGCUCUUUUUUACUGCACCAUUAAAAAAAAAAAAAUACAUGUCUCCACUCCACCACACCCCCUCGGUUACAAGAAGCGAGCCGCAGCGUCGGCUCUUGUGCGCGAUCGAUACAAGUCCGUGUCAUUUCGGCUAUAAUUGCAAG